AUGAGAUGUCAGGCUCGACGGUGGAUUGUAGCAGCUCAUGCUUAUCUGUUGCACCUGGUCAGUUGCCUUCUUUUUGCUAAUAAGAGUGCAACAUAUGUUCAUGUGGUGCACUUAGACGCUUUUCGCGACCUGGGUCAGAGUGGUGGUUAUGCUUGGGCAAUUGCCGCGCUGGUUCAUAUGUAUGACCAGUUAGAUGAAGCUUCUAAGACCACUACACGACAAAUUUGCGGGAUCUAUGAGCACUUUCCUAGUGUGCAUCAGUGCGUCACAGAUGAUGCAUACCAGGAGACGUCCCCAUGUGCUUCCCGGUGGCUGACGUCGAAGGUACAUAUGAAGGGAAUCACAGGAGCACCGUACCGGGCACGUUGUGAUGCUUUGACCGUCACAGAUGUGUCUUGGUUGCCAUACACUGAGCAUCGGGGGUUAGGGCCUUUGAGCUGA